UACACGACCGAAUACAUAUGCUGCUCAGCCCCAUGUCGGGAUUUUGUUGCCUCAAGCUACUCGUCAAAUCAAAUUUACAAUGCAACCUCAAACAGAAGAUCCUGAUCAUGACAUGCUUCGCAACGAUAAUUUUAUGGUACAAAGUGCAGUUGUAAGUCCAGGAUUCGCAGAAAAAGAUAUUACACGAGGGCUGUUUAAGAAGGAAUCAAGUAAUCAAGUUGGGGAAUGCAAAAUCAAUGUUAGUUUUGUUGCUCCUAAACGACCAUUGCUACAACCAAUAGAAGACUACACAGAGGAUGCCCAUCCAACGACUUCAAUCUACGAUGCUCGGACAAUGAAUAUAAGCAACUCUUACACCUCAGCGCUCGAUGUUGGGACAGUAUAUUCGAGCAACUCUAAUGCUGCAUCCGUUGAGAAUUCAUUCAAUGCUCACUUUCAAGAAACCAGUACGGGCGAGCUUCUUAGUAUCGAACCCCAAGAGCUUCAAUUUCCAUGUAAAAGAUUAUGA